UUGUGCUCCCUCCAGAGAGCCAUGAUUGGGUGCUAAAGUUCCUCAACCACAAAUGGAAAGAAUAUAAGUCGAAGUUGAAGGCCGACUGGAAGCGCGAGGGUAUGACAGAGGAGGAGGUUGCUCGUGUUUGUCCUCCUGAUGUAUACCAUCAUCAGUGGAGGGAGCUUGUUCACUAUUGGUUUUCCGAGAGAGGACAGACAUAUUCUGACAUUGGUCGAGCCGCACGAGCAUCUCAGACAAUUCCUCACACUUCAGGCUCGAAGAGUUAUGCGAGGCUCAGAGCUGAAUUCAUGGAAGACCAUGGGAGGAAACCUGGUGAGGUGGAGUUCUAUAAGAUGACUCACACCCACCGAGAUGGCAGCUUUGUCCGAGAGGAGUCGAGAGAUAUAGUUGACAGAGCUACAUCCCUUAUUUCAGAGCGUAUCGGAGAGUCAUCUUCAAUCGGCAACACCAGAGGUGUCGAAGCUCAGGUGUUUACCGAAUUGAUGGGCUCGGAGCGUUAUGGUCGAGUGAAGGGUUAUGGCGUUGGAGUUACCCCCACUCAGUUGUCUGCAGUGGGUAGAUAUACUCAAGAUAUUAGACAGAGUAGUAGCACUGCAGAGGUUAAUGAUCUGAAAGUAGAGAUAAAAGAGUUGAAGCAGAGCCACCAGACAGAGAUGCAAUCUUUGAGGGCUUAGAUUAAUCAGAUUACAUCUUUGUUGCAUCAGUUUGUCCCUCCUCAGGUUCCUGAUACUUCAUCUGCACGUAGAGAUGGUGAUGCCAGCGACCCCUGAAGCAUUUAUUUUGGAGUUUUAUAUGUAUUUUUUUAUGCUUUUUGAAGUACAUUGUAAACGUAAAUUGAUAGUAUGAAUGUAAUUUGACAAUAUGAAUGUUUAGAUAAAUAUGUUUGAUUUUGUGUAUA